AUGGCCCCUGCUACAUGUCGAGUACAACAACGGAUACAGCAAGCCAACUUCUCUGUGUCAAGCAGGAGAGCGGCACUGACCAGUCCACUCAACCUUCCGAAGUGGCUCGAGGAAAACUCCCACCUCCUCAAACCACCAAUCAACAACUACUGCGUCUACGCUGAUCCUCUGACCGUAAUGGUCGUCGGUGGUCCAAAUGCGCGGACAGACUACCACAUCAACUCAACUCCCGAGUUCUUCUACCAGUACAAGGGCCGCAUGCUUCUGAAGACAGUCCAGGACGGAGCAUUCAAGGAUGUCUACAUCAACGAAGGCGAGAUCUUCCUCCUACCAGGCAAUGUGCCGCAUAACCCGGUCCGCUUCGAGAACACCGUCGGCAUCGUGAUCGAACAACCGCGACCUGAAGACAGCGUGGAUACCCUGCGCUGGUACUGCCAGAACUGCGGCGACAAGGUGCACGAAGCCUCUUUCCACAUGAAGGAUCUUGGGACGCAGAUCAAGGCAGCUGUCAAUGAGUUCAAGAGCAACGAGGCCGCUCGCACCUGCAAGAAGUGCGGUGAGGUCUGCGAUGUUGCUCCAAAGGCUGAGCAGAUGGAGAAGAUGAGGAAUGGGUCUUGA